UAACAAAUUUCCAAUUAUCGCAAUAUUCUUUUCUAAUGUACUUUCUGCAUUUUUUUUUAUGUAUUUAACUUGGUUACAUUGAUCACUAGUUAGUUUUUGAGGUUCCUAAUCUUACCUGCCUGCAGAUUCUCAGUUAUUUUUAUUUUCUCUAUGUGAGUCCUAGGUCAUGAUGGUAAACCAUGAGCCUACAACAACAUCCUAUCUACCUACUUUUAUUAACAAUAGUGAAUCUUCAGUGCUGGUUCUAUAGGAAGCCCCAAAGAUGUCUUUGUAUUGAUGUUUAUGGCAGUUGACCAGUGACUCUUCUACGACAUGUCACGUCAAUUCGACAUGCAAGCAAGGGUAUUCUUAAUUGGACUAACAGCUAGCAAUGAGGAUGACCCCUAUAAUAGCAAAAUACACAAUCAUGGGUAGGUUAUAUACUACCAUACUUGCACGGAGUGUUAUCAGCAUCCACUUGACUAGUUCAAAGCCUUUGGUGGGGAUUGCAGGGGUCAUAUCAAAGAUUCAAAAGGAGAAAAAGGUCCGAGAUGUAUAUAUUCUGGGGUCAGCCAAUGUUGGAAAGUCUGCUUUUGUAAAUGCUCUGCUUAGUAAGCUUCUAUGGCACCUUUGCUGCUAAAAUUAGCAAUAUCAUUUGACCUUUGCAUUAUAUAAGAUUUUCUGUAUUUUAUCUAUACAGUUUUUAGUUCGACUCAAUGGACAACCAUAUGAUGAUCAUAUUAGAAGUUCACAUGGCUUUUGACAUACAUCUGUUUUGACUUACAGAUUAAUAACUGGAAGUUAGUUUUAUCAGGACUAGCACUACCUCUUGUUGAGGUAGACUAGUUAUGUUGCCAGGACUAGUGGUGCUACUAGGAUUGAUUUUUUUUUUUCUAUGUGGAAAUUCAGUAGAGUGUUGUAUACAUGUUAUGCCUGUAUAUGAAUAAUUCACUCCUAAUGGUUCAUCAUCUUGCACUUUUGCAAUCCAUCUCAUAAAUUACAUGCUAUGAACAUUAGGAUUGCUUUCCUAGGCUCUUUAUGACAAUCUUAGAGGUAUAAUGUGAGAUUUGGAAGCCGUUAUUGAUCUCCAACAUUGGCCCACAUCAGGAAAAACCUUCAAAGAGCAUUAGUCUAUAUUUAUGCAAUAUGAAACAAUACAAAUGUAACAUGCAUUCUUGUUCAUAUUUCAUAUUUCAUCUGGACUUGGGUACAAAUGUAGGGUUUCGCUGCAUGCUUAUGUCCCAGAGCCUUCCGAUCCUUCAUCAUUUCUUAUUCUUCCGAUCAUCAUUUCUUAUUCUGGACUUGUAUGAAAAUGUCAUGCCUAUAUCCAUGCCAUGUUGGCACACAUAUUCCAGAUUAAGCCAAACAUCUAGAUAACUUAUGUUCAUUGUCUUCAGUUUUUCUCCUUUAGCCUUGUUCCAUUAUCUCUUAACCAUAACCAUCCAGCCUUAUCCCAAUUAUUUGU